UAUGGUUAUUCUCGGCGUCUCAACGUUUCGCCGCGGACAUAUUUUACAAUUUUUGGAAUAAAAAUGAUAUUUCUAGUUCGAAAUCAUUAAAACCUUACGUUUUGCCUUGUUUGCAAGACAAUUAAUAUUGCCUCGCGUUGACCGCGGCCGAUUUAUAAGUGUUUCGAACAAGAUGGCUGAUAUAAAGUCAAUGUUCAACAAGAUGUCUACCCAAAACGGCAAUGGGACGGACGCCCCGGCCCCCGCCAAGGGAGGCAAGGGGACCAUAGAGAAGAUAUACCAGAAGAAAUCACAGUUGGAGCACAUUCUGCUCCGACCCGACACAUACAUUGGCUCUGUCGAGAGAGCCACCGAGACCAUGUGGGUCUUUGACAAGUCCAAGGAGUGCAUGGUGCAGAAAGAACUGACUUUUGUACCAGGUCUGUACAAAAUAUUUGAUGAAAUCCUGGUAAACGCUGCGGACAACAAGCAGAGGGAUGCCAAGAUGGAUGUGAUUAAGAUUGACAUUAACCAGGAGGCCAACACCAUCUCCAUCUACAACAACGGCUGCGGAAUCCCCGUUGUCAUGCACAAGGAAGAGAAGAUGUAUGUUCCCACCAUGAUCUUUGGGCACCUCCUCACAUCAUCCAACUACAAUGAUGAAGAAGAGAAGGUGACUGGAGGAAGGAACGGCUACGGAGCCAAACUCUGCAACAUCUUCUCAACAAAAUUCACAGUAGAAACUGCCUCCAAGCAGUACAAGAAACACUUCAAGCAGACAUGGGGAUCUAACAUGACAAAGGCCUCCGAACCUAAAGUUAAGGAAUCUGGCAAAGAUGAUGACUUUACCAAAGUGACUUUUAGCCCUGACUUAGCUAAAUUCAAGAUGGAGAAGCUAGAGGACGACAUGGUAGCCAUCAUGUCCCGACGAGCCUACGACAUCGCUGCCUCGUCGCACGGCGUCAAGGUGUAUUUGAACGGCGAAAGAUUGAAAAUAAGCAAAUUCAAAGACUAUGUAGAUUUGUACAUAAAGGGUAAAGAAGACGAGAAUGGGCAGCCAUUGAAGGUUGUCUAUGAGAAGGUGAAUGACCGCUGGGAGGUGGCUCUGACGCUUUCAGACCGAGGCUUCCAGCAGGUUUCCUUCGUCAACUCAAUCGCCACCACCAAAGGAGGCAAACAUGUAGACACUGUCGCUGACAGCGUCGUCAAGAACGUUCUAGAAGUUCUCAAGAAGAAGAACAAAGGGGGAGUUAACAUUAAGCCUUUCCAAGUGAAGAACCACAUGUGGGUAUUCAUCAACUGUCUGAUCGUAAACCCAACCUUUGACUCGCAAACUAAAGAAAACAUGACACUCCAAGCUAAGAGCUUCGGAUCAAAAUGCGCUUUCUCUGAAAAGUUCAUUACAGCAGUGACAAAGUGUGGACUGGUGGAGUCCGUGCUGACUUGGGCUAAGUUCAAAGCUCAGACAGAAUUGGUCAAGGCGUCCGGCAAGAAGCAGAGUAAACUGAAGGGUAUACCGAAGCUGGAGGACGCCAACGAUGCAGGGACUAAGAAUGCUCACCUCUGCACCCUGAUCCUGACUGAGGGAGACUCAGCCAAGACUUUAGCCGUGUCUGGGCUCAGUGUCGUCGGCAGAGACCACUACGGAGUGUUCCCGUUGAAGGGUAAACCUCUCAACGUCCGGGAUGCUUCUCACAAGCAGGUCUUAGAGAAUGCCGAAAUAAACAACCUGAUCAAAAUCAUGGGACUGCAGUACAAGAAGAAAUACAACACGGUUGAUGACCUCAAGUCCCUCCGGUACGGCAAGGUGAUGAUCAUGGCUGAUCAGGACCAGGACGGGUCGCACAUCAAAGGUUUGAUCAUCAAUUUCAUACAUCACAAUUGGCCUGAGCUGCUGAAACUGCCGUUCUUAGAGGAGUUCAUCACUCCCAUCGUGAAGGCAACAAAGAAAGAAAAAGAGAUAUCAUUCUAUUCACUACCAGAAUUCGAGGAGUGGAAGAAAGAUACGGACAACCACCACACUUACAAUAUCAAAUACUACAAGGGUUUGGGUACCUCAACAUCCAAGGAGGCUAAGGAAUACUUUCAGAAUAUGGAGAGGCAUAGGAUUCGUUUCAAGUAUGGUGGUCCGACGGAUGACCAUCACAUUGAGUUGGCAUUCUCUAAGAAGGGUGCUGACCAGCGAAAGGAAUGGCUGACGAGUCACAUGGACGAGGUUAAGAGAAGGAAGGAGAUUGGGCUUCCGGAGAGAUAUCUCUACACGAAGGAGACCAAGGCGGUGACAUAUUCGGACUUUGUUAAUUUGGAGCUGGUGCUUUUCUCCAACGGGGAUAAUAUUCGUUCAAUCCCCUCAAUGGUGGACGGGCUGAAGCCUGGCCAGCGCAAGGUGAUCUUCACGUGCAUAAAGAGGAACGACAAGCGAGAGGUCAAAGUGGCCCAGCUGGCUGGGUCCGUGGCUGAGCACUCGGCCUACCAUCACGGCGAACAAUCCCUCUGCAUGACAAUAGUGAACCUGGCGCAGAACUACGUCGGGUCCAACAACAUCAACUUGCUGGAACCGCGCGGUCAGUUCGGAACUAGACUCAGCGGCGGCAAGGACUCGGCGUCCCCGCGUUACAUAUUCACCAUCAUGUCGCCGCUGACCCGGCUCAUCUUCCACCCGCACGAUGACCCGCUGUUGGUGCACGAAUUCGAAGACAACCAGAAGAUCGAGCCGAUGUACUACCUGCCGAUCAUCCCGAUGGUGCUCGUGAACGGGGCGGAGGGCAUCGGCACCGGCUGGUCCACCAAGAUACCCAACUACAACCCGCGCGACAUCAUACACAACUUGCGGCGCCUGCUAGACGGCGAAGAGCCUAAACCAAUGCAGCCGUGGUACAAGAACUUCCGCGGUACAGUCGAGGGCUUCGGAGACAAGUACGUGAUCUCGGGAGAGGCGGCCGUAUUGCCCGGUGAUAAGGUCGAGAUUACCGAGCUGCCGGUCGGAGUGUGGACGCAGAAUUACAAGGAGAAUGUUCUGGAACCGAUGCUGGGCACGGACAAAGUGAAGCCGAUUAUUUCCGAGUAUCGGGAGUACAACACAGACACGACAGUCCGCUUCGUGGUCUCUCUCCUGCCGGGAAAGUUGGCCGAGGUGGAGGCUGAAGGCAUACACAAGGUGUUCAAGCUACAGACCACUAUAUCCAUGACCUGCAUGAACGCCUUCGACCCCAACCUGUGUUUGCACAAAUACGACAAAGUGGAAGAAAUCCUACGCGAAUUCUACGCCCUUCGCGUGCAGUAUUACGCGAGGCGCAAGGACUAUCUCGAGGGGCAACUACAAGCGGAGGCCGACACACUGUCCAACAAGGCCAGGUUCAUACUGGAGAAGUGCGACAAGGGGCUCGUGGUCGAGAACAAGAAGCGGAAGGCCAUGGUCGAGGAGCUGAUCAAGAGAGGCUACGCAAUGGACCCGAUAGCAGAGUGGAAGAAGCGAGCGAGCAAGAUGCAGGGGCUGGUCGCGCUGGCUGAAGAAGACGUGCCCGAGUCUGAAGAUGAGGAGACAGAGGAGACGAAGGCCGGCAAGGCUGCUGAUCCGGAGAAAGCGUUCCAGAACCUGAAAGAAGUCCGCAAGUUCAACUACCUGCUGGGCAUGUCCAUGUGGAUGCUCACGAAGGAGAAGAAGGACGAGCUGCUCAAGCAGAGGGACCAGAAACUGGCGGAGCUGAAUGCGCUCAAACAGAAGACGCCGACGAUGCUGUGGCGCGAGGACCUGGACGCGCUUCUGGAGAAGCUCGAGGAUGUGGAGGAGAAGGAGAGACAGGACGAGAUGAGCACCAACAAGAAGACUAGUAAAGCGCUGAUGGAAAGGAUGAAGGCUGCAAGCAAGACAAAGAACAGGAAAUCAAUUAUGGACAUAGCGCCCUCAACCAACGGGCGCCGCGUGGAGCCCAAGAUCUCGGAGGACCUCAUCAAGCGCAUCCAGGCGGCCGAGAAGGCCAAGACCAGGAAGGAGAUCAAGAAGGAGUAUGAUCCGGAGGACCCGAACGGCAUCAGCCCCUCCAGCCAGGAGAAGAAGCCGGCCAAGUCGCGCGUCAAGAAGGAGAAGCCAGAGAAAGCGGAGAAGACGGACAAGACACCGGACGGACUCAAGCAGACUAAGCUCAACUUCAAGAAGGAACCUAAGAAGAAGCGCAUGACAUUCAGCGGCAGUGAGUCCGAAGGUUCCGUAUCUGACGUGGAGAUGGCGGACCCGCCCGCACCAAGAGAACGGGCCUCGGCUAGAAGGGCAGCCACUAAGGUGCAAAAGUACAAGGACGGCGACGGCACGACUUCCGAAUCCGAAGGAGAACUCCUCGACAACCGCGUGGAGUCGGACACGGAGCGUCCGCGCGUACUGUCCGACAGUGAGGGGGAAGAAGACUUUAAUGUGAAGAAGAACAAGGGGAAGAAACCCGCUGACAUGGACUCAGACUGCCUGUUCGACUCGCUAAUAGAAGAGACUAAGAAGGAGGAGGCGGAGAAACCCAAAGCGAAUCACAACAGCGCGCCCGUGUCGCUGUCCAGCGAUGACGAUGAACCGCCAGUCAAGGAGGACUCUCCCCCGCCCAAGAAGAAGCCGGCUGGCAAGAGAAAGCUGAUGAAUGUGGACAAAGAGAAAGAAAAGGAGAAGCCCAAGAAGCGACCGGCCAAGGCGCUUGACAGUGACGAGGACGACAGCAUAUUUGACACGAGAAAGAACAAGAAGCCCAAGAACCCCCCCAAAAAGUCUAAGAAGAAGGCGAGCAGCGACUCCGAAAGCGACGCUUUAGUACUAAGCGACGACGAGCCACCACCCGCCAAGCCGCCCGCGCGCCGCGGCAAGCAGACGAAAUACAACUACAGUGACGACAGCGACAGCGAUUAGAGGAGCGGCGGUGGUUUGUGGUCCAGACUUGUAAAUAUGAAAAAUGAUAUUCGAGCAGCAAAAUGAGAGUGAAAGCAGAUCGAGGCAGCACCUCACCGGGUGAAUUGAUACUGACGUAAUCUCUUUACUUUUACUGUCUACUUCUAAGCACACCUAUGACUUACUGCUAGGUAUUUAUAUGUGAAACUUAGUGAUACGUAAUUUUAAAGUAGAAAAUAUUUAGGUAAUGUUCUUAACAUUUUACUUAACCCUUCUAUGGUAAGUUUGUACAAAAUAAAAACAUGUUUCUUUAACAGUGAAAUAAUUUAAGUAUCUGUUGUAUUUUAAGAUAAAACUGUGGUUCACGAUUUCGACUUGUAAACUAUGUAAUUAAAUUACUUUGUAUGAACUCACCAAGAAAAGGAAUCCGGGAUUUUCUCAGCUCAAAAAUUCCCCCGUGACUGAAUUGUGAAUAUUUUUGAGUGUUUACUCAAUAUUUUUGUGUACAAAUAAUUUGGUGGAAUCCAUUGAAUUUAAAUAACGUUUCUAUAUCUUGCUUUAAAUAAAUUUUAAAAGUCGACAUAUAUUUAUUUCUUAUUUUUAAUAUCAGUAUUCUUGUGUAAUUGACAUACUUACCAUUAUUUGUUUCACAGAUUUCAUACUUUACCUACACACUUUUGGGUGUUAUAGUUAUAGUGUACUAUCUGAGAAAUUGUAUAAUUUAAAAUAAACAAUUAUUUUUGGAAUCUAAAUAUUUUACAUGACAUGUCUAAACUUUUCUAGAAUUUUGUGAUGCCAUUUUUUAAAAGUUGCCGUUUAAAAUUUUAUCUUUUUUCAUUCCAUUGUAUUAUGAUUUGAGGAUUUCUUUAGCUGGUUUAAAUAUAAAUCCUAUAUUUAUUACGAUGUCAAUUGUAAUUAUUGUUUUGUUUAGUUGUCGUUUCGUAGUAUGUUCCAUUCUUUAUUAUUUUUCUAUUGUAUUUUUUCCUUACUUUUAAACUGUGACAAAUGAUUUUUGUUAUUGAUAAACUAUUUGUAAAUAAAUGAACAAUUUCAAGA